AUGUCUAAGGCCGUUGGUAUUGAUUUGGGUACUACUUACUCAUGUGUUGCACACUUCUCUAACGACCGUGUGGAGAUCUUGGCUAACGACCAAGGUAACAGAACCACCCCAUCUUUCGUCGCUUUCACUGACACCGAAAGAUUGAUUGGUGAUGCUGCUAAGAACCAAGCUGCUAUGAACCCAUCUAACACCGUUUUCGACGCUAAGCGUUUGAUCGGUAGAAACUUCAGCGAUGCUGAAGUUCAAGGUGACAUCAAGCACUUCCCAUUCAAGGUUGUUGAUGUCAGCGGUAAGCCUCAAAUUCAAGUUGAAUACAAGGGUGAGACCAAGGUUUUCACUCCAGAAGAAAUCUCUUCUAUGAUUUUGGGUAAGAUGAAGGAAACCGCUGAAUCUUACUUGGGUUGCAAGGUUAACGAUGCUGUCGUUACUGUUCCAGCUUACUUCAACGACUCUCAAAGACAAGCUACCAAGGAUGCUGGUACCAUCGCUGGUUUGAACGUUUUGCGUAUCAUUAACGAACCUACUGCCGCUGCUAUCGCCUAUGGUUUGGACAAGAAGGACGAAGGUGAAAAGAACGUCUUGAUUUUCGACUUGGGUGGUGGUACUUUCGAUGUCUCUCUAUUGUCCAUCGAAGAUGGUAUUUUCGAAGUCAAGGCUACCGCUGGUGACACUCACUUGGGUGGUGAAGAUUUCGACAACAGAUUGGUCAACCACUUCGUUCAAGAAUUCAAGAGAAAGAACAAGAAGGACUUGACUACUAACCAAAGAGCCUUGAGAAGAUUGAGAACUGCAUGUGAAAGAGCCAAGAGAACCUUGUCUUCUUCCGCUCAAACUUCUAUCGAAAUCGACUCUUUGUUUGAGGGUAUUGAUUUGUACACCUCUAUCACCAGAGCUAGAUUCGAAGAAUUGUGUGCCGAUUUGUUCAGAUCUACUUUGGAUCCUGUUGAGAAGGUUUUGAGAGACGCCAAAUUGGACAAGUCUCAAGUAAACGAAAUUGUCUUGGUCGGUGGUUCUACCAGAAUUCCUAAGGUUCAGAAGUUGGUUUCUGACUACUUUAACGGUAAGGAACCAAACAGAUCCAUUAACCCAGAUGAAGCCGUUGCUUACGGUGCUGCAGUUCAAGCUGCUAUCUUGACUGGUGACCAAUCUUCCAAGACUCAAGAUUUGUUGUUGUUGGAUGUUGCUCCGUUGUCUUUGGGUAUUGAAACCGCUGGUGGUGUCAUGACCAAGUUGAUUCCAAGAAACUCUACUAUCCCAACCAAGAAGUCUGAAGUCUUCUCUACUUAUGCUGACAACCAACCAGGUGUCUUGAUUCAAGUUUUCGAAGGUGAAAGAGCUAGAACUAAGGACAACAACUUGUUGGGUAAAUUCGACUUGACUGGUAUUCCUCCAGCUCCAAGAGGUGUCCCACAAAUCGAGGUUACUUUCGAUAUUGAUGCUAACGGUAUCUUGAACGUCUCUGCCGUUGAAAAGGGUACUGGUAAGUCCGAAAAGAUCACCAUCACCAACGACAAGGGUAGAUUGUCAAAGGAGGACAUCGAGAGAAUGGUUUCUGAAGCUGAAAAGUUCAAGGAUGAGGACGAAAAGGAAGCUGCUAGAAUCGGUGCUAAGAACCAAGUGGAAUCCAUGGCCUACUCUUUGAAGAACACUCUAUCUGAGGCCGGUGACAAGUUGGAGGCUGCCGACAAGGAAACCUUGACCAAGAAGUGUGACGAAGUCAUUGCUUGGUUGGACAGCAACACCACUGCUACCACUGAAGAGUUCAACGACCAAUUGAAGGAAUUGCAAGACGUUUCCAACCCAAUUAUGUCUAAGUUGUACCAAGCUGGUGGUGCUCCAGGUGCCGCCCCAGGUGCUGCCCCAGGUGGCUUCCCAGGUGGUGCUCCAGCCCCAGAAGCUGAAGGUCCAACUGUUGAAGAAGUUGAUUAA